AUGCCUCCACGACAACAGUUAGCCGCUAGAAAGGAAGCUGCGCGUCGUCGUCGCGUAAGCCUGGAAAAUGCUUUCAUCUCUUUGGCUAAUAGAGCUGUUUCUUCGGGUAGUGGGCAGUCUGCUUUCGACCGGUUUGACCGUCACAGGCCCCCUACUUAUGAUGGUGUUGCUGAUCCUGUGGCUCUGGAAAAUUGGUUAAGGGAGAUGGAGAAGCUCUUCACGGCAACAAACUGCUCUAUUACCGAAAUGGUACCGAUUGGGACGUACUAUCUAAAGAAAGAGGUAGAUAAUUGGUGGGGAACAGUGAAGGAUGUGUGUAUGGCUACAGCUGGUUUUGGGUGGACCCAGUUCUCCGCCAAGCUGAAAGAGAGAUUCUACCCUGAUGAGUUGCGCUGGCAAAAGCAGGAAGAAUUUCUAUCUCUGACUCAAGGGAGUAUGGACAUCCAGAAGUACACCGACCGCUUCACGGAGCUGUCUAAAUUUGCUGGUACUGUCAUUCCCACCGAAGCUGAGAGGGUUAAGAGAUAUAUAAAGAAGAUGAAUCCGAGGGUAAGGACCCUGGUGCUGUGUUCGGGGUUACUACUUUCAAGCUGCUUAUGA